AGUCUUUUCCACUGGCGUGCAGUGUGCGAGCAACAUCGGGUCGCACGUUUUGUGCAAGUUUGUAUAGUUUUCGGGCCGUACAAGGUUCUAACAAUGUCAAAAAGAGGACGUGGUGGACAGGCAGGAGCCAAGUUCCGCAUUUCGCUAGGUUUGCCUGUGGGUGCAGUGAUGAACUGCGCUGAUAACACGGGUGCGAAGAACUUGUUCGUGAUCGCCGUAAACGGAAUCAAAGGUCGCCUUAACAGGCUGCCCGCUGCAGGAUGUGGCGAUAUGUUCGUCGCAACUGUGAAGAAGGGUAAGCCCGAGCUACGUAAAAAAGUUAUGCCGGCCGUGGUUAUUAGACAGCGAAAGGCGUUCAGGAGGAAGGAUGGUACAUUCAUUUACUUCGAAGAUAAUGCUGGCGUAAUUGUUAAUAACAAGGGCGAAAUGAAGGGAUCUGCAAUCACCGGUCCCGUGGCGAAAGAGUGCGCCGAUCUUUGGCCAAGAAUUGCUUCGAAUGCGUCAUCUAUCGCCUAAAUAAAUGCCCGACGUCGAUGAUUCGAUGGAG